AUGCUCGCGAAUGACCCCAGGACGCAGUGGGUCAUUGAGGAGCUCGACCAGGUCCUCCACGAGAUCGAGGUCGGACCGGAGACGGAGAUAGAGGAGCGCCCGGCAGAGGACAUCGACAUCUCCGACUGGGAGAGCGGCGUCGAGGACCUCCAGGACAAGUCCCCGGACGCUGUGUGGGACAUCCUCGGGUUCCCGACGAAGCGGUUCCCCGGCUUCAACGAGGUCGAGGACCCCACUAGCGCGCUGGACCCCUGGGACAACAAGAAGUGGGAGGCGUUCAUCAAGAAGGGGCAGGGUGUCCCGUUCGCUCCCCGAUGGCACCAACUCGUCGGGGUCGUCAAGAUGAUGCGUCAACUCAUCGAGGGGCGGCCGCUCCUGCUGAUGGACCAGGUCGGCAUCGGUAAGACUUUGCAGGUUGUGGGCACGCUCUGCAUGUACGUCGCCUUCCGGAGGCACUUUGCCAGGUAUGGCAGGUUCCCGGGCCAUUUCGGUAAGAUCCCACUCGCUGUGGCACCCGAUGAGCCGACCGCGGACAUCGGUGUCGACCCGGAGCUGUGCCUGUUCGGGCACAGCUUCGGUGUCAUCGUCAUGGACGAAGCGGGCAAGCUGCGCAACCUCAACCGGCAGUGGACGUGCUUCCGGGAGCUCGUCAAGCGCGGUCACGCUGCGAUUGCGAUGACUGCGACACCG